AUGAGCGAGACGCAAGCGCAAGGCGUUCAAUCGCCUGGCCAGGUAGCUUCAACCUCGUAUCAGCCGCGUCCUGCACGCAAACAAGUCACCCAGGCCAAGUUUGAUGCCAUCCGAGAAGCUUUUAGUGCGAGACCCGAUUCCGCAGGCACCUUCAACAUCUGGUACGAGAACUUUGCCGGCGUCGAUCGGGAGGAAAACGAGGCUCAAAAGGCAAAACGCGAGACUAGAUGCGACAUUGCGAGAGAUUCGGGCUAUACUAGAGCCGAUAUCACCCUGAAAACGCAAGCAGCACGCAUUCAGCAAGGUGCACCUGUCGCUCCAGACGAGGCCGUUUACUGCUGUAUUCAUUUUGCGCGUGGCUGCUGUCCGCAUGGUGCCGAAUGCAACUUUCUUCAUCGACUUCCUCGUCCCAACGACUAUCCCAGCCAAGGGCGUGACUGCUUUGGUCGGGAAAAGCUCGGCAACUACAAGGAUGACAUGAGCGGUACUGGCUCGCUAUCCAAGGUCAAUCGCACCCUCUAUGUAGGUCGGAUCCACGAAGAGCAUGGCGUAUCUUCCCCUUCUGCUCCGGCCAAUUCGGCAUGGCGGGACGGCGGCAAAACGCUCAAAGGAGGUCGCAGCAUCCACGACGUGCGUAACAAGAACGGACCUCGUCCACGACAAGAUCCCAAGUCAUAUCGGCCACAACACAAUUCCGUACGUCCCGAGACCGACAAUGCUACGGAACGUGUGGUGCGACGUCAUUUCAGUGAAUGGGGAGAGAUCGAUAGACUACGCGUUCUCACCGGCCGAUCGUGUGCAUUUGUCACAUUCAAGUACGAAGCCAAUGCACAAUUCGCCAAGGAAGCCAUGCUCAACCAGUCGCUCGACCACAACGAGAUCAUCAACGUUCGAUGGGCUUCCGACGAUCCAAAUCCAGCUGCACAGAAGCGCAAUCAGGAACAGAUGCGCCGUGCAGGGGAACGCGCUAUCAUGGCCGGAAUGUCUGAACAAGCAAUCCAGGCUCAGCAGGCAUUGCGUGCACUUGAAGGUUUGGAGCAUCAGCGUGGCGAGGAUGCCGACUCGAAGCGUCGCAGGAUUUCUCAUCAGAGCUAUGAUGAGGAUAUGCGAAGGCUCGAGGAAGAGAAUGAACGUGGAUGGGUCGAAUUUGCUCAGGAAAGGCAAGCUGCCGUCGCCGCUGCACCAACAAGCCAAGCCCCGUCGGCUGCAAGCUCAGCAAGCAAGAACAACAUCACCGGCUCGCUUCUAAAUUCGGAGACAAUGUCCCAUCUAGCAUCACUUCAGAAUCUUGAUCAAAAGCAAGGCGGAGCAUCAGAUACCUACCCACCACCCGUGUCUUCCAAUGGGCUCGGCAGCUUGGCGGGGUAUGGCAGCGAUAGCGAGGAUGACGAUAGCUAA